AUGGAGAAGCUCUGGUCCACGGGCCAAACGUGGACCUCCAAGCCUCCCAGUCCAGACCUCCAGGCCCUUCUGAGGCCAUGCCCCUUCACUGACCCCAAUCCAGGGGCCGGCGCGCUCCAACGCCGCUGGACAGCAGGCGUGCGGCUCUCCGGCCUCUUCUGCACCGCUGGCACAGCGCUUGGCGUGGAGGCGCCGGGCUUUCGUGCGGUCCGCGGCCAGCCCUCCCCGCCGCCCUGGGGCUGCCGGCCGCCUCCCUCCGCGGCGCGCCCGGCGAACCAGCGGAAGCGGGAGGCGCGCCCGGCCGUGCGCCCGCCCCGCACCCCACCCCACCCCACCCCCGGCACGCGCCCUGGGCCCCGCGCGGUCCCGGCGCCUGCUGGGAGAUGUAGUUCGUGGCCGCCUUCGCCGAGCGGGGCUUCUGUGCAGGAGCCAUCCGGCGGCGCGCAGGGCACGGCAGCCCCGGGCAGGCAGGCAGGCAGGCAGCUGGCCAAGUCCGCCGGGGCCGGGCAGGCAGGCGCGCGCGCGCGGGGGAAGGCGGAGGAGGGCGCACGGGGCCGCCCGAGGAGGAGGAAGAGCAGGGGGCCCCGAUCCUGCUCCACGGGAGGCCCCGGCGUGCGGCCCCGGUCCCCUGGCCGCCCCUUCUGCUUGCGCGCCCCCCCUCCGGUCCCCCCACCCGGCGCCACUUCUGGAACGGGGCUUCCCCCGCGGCGCUCCAAGGUCGGGCAGGCGGAGUUGAGGUGCGGGUGCGGGGGCCGAUCCUGCUCCCGCCAGGACCCGGGCCCACGGAUGGCUGUGGGGGCGGCCGCGCAGGUGCUGCCGCGGUGUGAGGACGCGGCUCUUUAUCUCGCCCCGGAGCGCUGGAGAGGCUGGGCAGCGCACGAGGACGCCAUGCGGGAGAAUUACGGCGCCACCAUUGCUCUGGGAUCUCCGUUUGCCAAACCUGAGAUUGUCGCCCAGGCUGAGGGCGGAGGGCCGCUUCUGGUCAAGGGUCAGGGGGAAGCUGAGCCGAGGGAGCCGCCCGACGGCAGUGCUGAUGCAGCAGGACCCGGGCCCCCGGAGAGGGAGAGUGCUGCGAAGAGUGAGCACCAGAGGCGGCAGCAGGCCGGGGAGGGCCAGAGAGAGCCAGGAGGAUCGAAGGGCCCCGGGAGAAGCUGCCCAGGGGAGUGGCUGAUCCGGACCGUGAAAGUGGAAGCGGAGGACUACUCGGAGUGGCCGGCUGGGCUGAGCGCGGAGGUGCUGCUCUCGGGGCUGCCGGUCGCGGGCGUCUGUAAAUCGGAAGGCCUGAACCCCGGCGAGGAGUACAGAGGCCCUGGAGGAGGCGGCGGCCUGGGCGAGCUGUCGGGCCUGGCCCUGCAGCAGUGGCAGAUGCUGAGCGAGGAGAAGCCCCUGGGCUGCCCCCGGUGCGAGCACCCCGGCCCCCCGCUCGGGGCCAGCCCCGGGGACCCCCGGCCCCGGCCCUUUGCCUGCUCCCAGUGCGGCAAGGCCUUUGGCAAGAAGGCCCACCUGACGCGCCACGCCCGGGUCCACACCGGCGAGCGGCCCUUCGCCUGCAGCCACUGCGGCCGCCGCUUCUCCCAGAAGAUCCACCUGGGCUCUCACGAGCGCGUGCACACGGGGGAGCGGCCCUUCCCCUGCGACCGCUGCCCCAAGAGCUUCCGCAAGAAGACUCACCUGGUGCGCCACCAGCUCACCCACACCGGGGAGCGCCCCCACGCCUGCCCCCUCUGUACCCGGAGCUUUGUCCACCGCCGGCACCUGCUGCGCCACCAGCGGCUCCACCAGGAAGGGACCACGCCGCUCGGGGACGGUUUGGAACCCGGGCGAGACACGGGGCCCUGCGGGGGCGGCCCUGAGCCCGGGCAGGACGCAGGCUUCUGCGAGGACCACGGCGAUCCGGGGCAGGACGCAGCCGCCGCUGUGGAUGUAGGGCAGGCUGCCGCCCCCGACCGAGAGCAGAGCCACCUGGGACAGGCCAGCAUCUUGUACAGGGAUGAGGCAGCGUUGGGGCAGUUCCCCGCCUCCUGCAUGGGGCACGCAGAGCCGUACCAGGGCUCGGUCCUUUUCAAAGCUCAGGCGGAGCAAGAACUGGGAAGGGUCCCUUGCAUGGACCACUCCCUGCAGAGGGAGGUGAUGAGCCUGGCCGUGGCCUACCCUGAGCAAGGGCCCUGCGGAACCCUCGGCGGGCUGCAGGCCGGGGCCGGGGCCGAGGAGAGCGCCCCCUGCAUGGAACAGGCGGUUAGCAAGACCGAACCGGAAGAGGACGUGGCGGCAUGCCAGCGGCCCGAGGAGAAGCCGUUCCUGUGCUCGGACUGCGGGAAGGCGUUCGCCUGGCGAAAGAACUUGGCCUCCCACCAGCGGCUCCACGCCGAGGGAGGGCGCCCUUUCUCCUGCGCCGAGUGCGGCAGGGGCUUCAGUGAUAAGCGCCACCUGACGGCGCACUUGCGCGGGCACAUGGGCUUGCUGCCGUACGCUUGCCCGCACUGCGAAAGGAGCUUCGCGCACCGGGCCGGGCUGGCCGCCCACCAGUGCGGCGGCCACGCGGGGCAGCGCCCCUUUGCCUGUGGCGACUGCGGCCGCUGCUUUGCCCACAAGAGGCACCUCCAGAGACACCGCCGCAACCAGCACGCGGCAGAGCGCCCUUUCUCCUGCGCCCAGUGCGGCCGCACUUUUACCACCCGGGCCAGUUUGCUGGCGCACGUCAAGUCUCACGCCGGCCAGCGCCCCUUUGCCUGCCCGCUCUGUGGCCGGGCGUUCAGCCGGAAGUCGCACCUGGCCCGGCACGAGGCCGUGCACACGGGGCUGCGGCCCCACGCCUGCACCCAGUGCCCACGGCGCUUCAGCUCCAAGACCAAUUUGGUGCGGCACCAAGCGGUGCACACCGGCCUGCGCCCGUACAUUUGCACCCACUGUGCCCGGAGUUUCAGCCGCAAGACUCACCUCUUGCGCCACGAGCGAACCCACACCGCCGCGCCCCUGCCCAGCUCCACCAGUUGGGCAGCCGCCUUGCCCCAGUGCUCUCUGCCCCAGCAGCAGCAGCAAGAGCAGCCCCUGAUCUUCCCCAUGGCUUUUGAGGCCACGUGGCAGUGACCCGGAGGCCACCUCCUUCUGCUGUAGGCCAGUCUCAGCUGCGGGUGUACUCUGUGCUAGGAGCGAAUACAAACCUGCAGAAAGAACUGUACACACCGAGGAACCCAUUUUUAGUAGCCUGAAUAAACUGUCAAGCAUUGGCUUAUUUUACAUAGUUCUGAAAGCUAUGGCCUUUGGCUAAGGCAAUAAAAUUAAAAGUUAAAAUUGAACUUUGCAUACUUUUACUAUUUGCUAGUCAUGUGUACAGGCAGCAAAGUCUCUGAGGGCGCAAGCCAAUACAUGUUUAAACAGAUAAGAGUCCUCUAACUCGCAGCCUGCCUUGGCUGGGGCAUGCUGGGGGAUGUAGGAUUCCCCCCCCCCCCGCCCCAUCUAAACAUGCAUCGGGCGGCACCCUCAGGCGCUGACGCGUGCGCUGUGGUGGCUGAAAUUUGUUCUCACUCUUCUCAUGUAGCUUCUUAGGUUUCACCAGGUACUGCCUCUACAUACGUUCAAGCCCAUCUUCACUGUCAUAAGGGCUAGAAAAGAAUUGGGACUGGAGAUCUUUAGAACGCUGAGCAGAAAUGAAUUGUGUGCAUGCAGAGAGUCGUGGAAUACACACAGACCUGAGUGUCCUUACCUGGCAGUUGGCUUGUACUGGACAAAACUCCUCAAUAUCCCAAUAUCUUCAGCUUUAAAAAAAUAAUGGGAAAGGUUCUUUGUUUUUUAAAAAAUUGAGCAAAUCAUUUUUGUAGCAUCAUAAGGCAAAUGUAAAUUAACGUUUUGUAAAACCUCUUAUGUAAACAAAAAUAAAGUAAUUACAUUCUG